AUGGCGGGCGCGGUGCGGCAGCCGAUUGAUGAAAAGGCAUUGGCAAAGUACAUUGACGACAAUGUGCCGAUUAUCAAGACGCCGAUUGAGCUGAAGCAGUUCGGCUUCGGGCAAUCCAACCCAACGUACCAAAUCACCGACUCCACAGGCCAGCGCUACGUCCUGCGCAAGAAGCCGCCCGGCAAGCUGCUGUCCAAGACGGCGCACAAGGUGGAGCGCGAGUACCGCGUGCUGCACGCGCUGGAGGCGACGGACGUGGCGGUGCCCAAGACGUACUGCCUGUGCGAGGACGACGGCGUGGUCGGGACGCCGUUUUACAUCAUGGAGUUCCUCGACGGGCGCAUCUUUGAGGAUUUCCUGAUGCCCGGGGUGAGCGCGGAGGAGCGGACGGCGCUGUGGAGGGAGGCGGCGCGGACGCUGGCGAGGCUGCACGCCGUGGACGUGCGCAGGGUCGGGCUGGAGAGGUUCGGCCGCGCCGAGGGCUUCUACGCGCGGCAGACGGAGACGUGGGCGACGAUUUGCGAGAGCCAGGCGAAGGCUGUGGAUGUCGAGACGGGGGAGCCGGUGGGACAGUUGCCGCAUUUCGAGGAGCUGGUGGGAUUCUUUCGGGAUGAGAGACUGAGGCCGAGGGAUCGGGCGACGCUGGUGCAUGGGGAUUACAAGAUUGAUAAUUUGGUGUUUGAUAAGAAGGAGGCCAAGGUGAUUGGCAUUCUCGACUGGGAAAUGUCCACCAUCGGACACCCGCUGUCGGACAUUUGCAACCUCAUCACGCAGUUCUACCUCGCCCGCUCGCCGGGGGCAUCCGCCUACGCCGACAGCGCCAACUUCCUGCCCGGCAAGACGCCCGGCCUGCCGCAGCCGGACCAGAUCGUGCAGUGGUACACCGAGGUGUCGGGCUACGACCCGCGGCCGGACCUGGCCUGGGGCGCGGCGUUCAACAUCUUCAAGCUGGCGGGCGUGUGCCAGGGCAUCGCGGCGCGGUAUGCGGCGCGGCAGGCGAGCAGCGCCAAGGCGAGGAUGUAUAUCCAUACGAGGGUGCCGCUGGCCGAGUUUGCGUGGGAGCUGGCGCGGGAGGCGAGGGAUGCCAAGGGGACUUCCCCGACUUCUUUCUCAACCCCGUCCCCCAAUUCUCUCCCUCCUCCUUUUCCUCCCUCCAACCCUCACAUGACAGACCGACGCAGACGGAUCCGCGUCUCCGAGGAUGCGCCCGACGAGCGCCGCCCGCUGCUCAGCAGGCUGUCGACGGAACGGGCCGCCAAUGGCGAGCACGUCUUCAGCUGCCGCACGAACCCGCACAGCGACCUGCCCGUGUACACGAACAUCCAUCGCAUCCGGCGCGACAUUGUGAGCGUCGUCGAGGACUAUCUGACGCUGGAGCAGCUGCGGGAUCUCAAGAUUAACGUGACGGUGAUCCGGCCGCUGGUGGACAAGUUUUACGAGCUGGGCGACAUCUCGAUUGUCUACUGCCUCCUCGUCAACAGAGCCCAGUUCCUCGACGAAGAGUCCCGCUCCAGCAACCGCCAAAACGUAAACUGGACCCGCGCCACCCUCUGCGAGCUCAUCGCCACCCGCAUCCUGCGCCGCUUCGGCGAGGACAACGACGGCGGCGCCGACGGCCUGCUGCUGCUGGCGCACAUCCUCGUCGCCGGCUUCGAGCCCUUCCAGCACGCGCCCGCCCACGUCCGCGACGAGGUCGAGGACAAGGCCUGGUGGACCUCGCACCGCACCCUGCCCGCCCUCGAGGUCGCCAUCCUGACCGAGAGCAGGCACUUUCUCAGCUCGACGACGUGCCAGCGGGUCGUCGCGGCCAUUUACGAGGGCAGGGUCAUCUACACGCCGUCCACGUCGUGGGACAUCAUCCCCGAUCACUACAAGCUGAAGCCUAUCUCGCUGUACGAUCCGCGCGAGUCGCCGCUGCUGAACCAGUAUCGCCUGAUUGUACCGCGGACGCGCAACUAUCUCGAGGCGAUUCAGUUUACGAUUCUGCUGGGGCUGUAUGUCGCCGUCAUGGUGAUGCGGAGAAAGGGGGAGCUUCCGUAUCUGGAGGCGGCGUUUGCGAUUUAUGCGUUUGGGUGGUGCUUGGAUCAGUUUGCGACGAUUCUGGCACACGGAUGGAACGUAUACACACAGAAUCUAUGGUCCUUCCUCGACGUCACCUUUCUCUUCCUCUUCGCCAUCUACAGCGGGCUGCGCCUCUAUGGAGUGCAGACUGGAUCGGCGGAUCUCACCGAGCAGGCCUUUGAUGUCUUGGCUCUCGCGGCUCCCGUCAUAGUUCCACGCCUGGCCUUUAACUGGCUGUCUGACAACCUCGUCUUUCUGUCGCUGCGGUCUAUGAUGGCCGACUUCUUCCUCUUGACGGCUCUUUCGGCCUGGUGUUUCUUUGGAUUCUUGCUGUCUCUGCUGUGGCUGGGGCAGGGAGCCCACCCGCUGCUUACAAUAUCAAAGUGGAUGAUAUACAUCUGGUUUGGACUUGACGGAACGGGAAUCCACAGAUCGGUGGAAUUCCACUGGCUCCUGGGACCCGUCGUCAUGAUCACAUUUGCUUUCCUCGGCAACACUCUCUUCCUUACCAUCCUCGUCUCCAUGCUGUCCAACACAUUCAGCAACAUCUCCAGUAACGCUGCAGCCGAAAUACACUUUCGAAAGGCUGUCCUCACGCUCGAAGGUGUCAAGGCGGACGCCGUCUUUGCCUACCAGCCGCCAUUCAACCUGCUAGCCGUAUUCCUUCUUUUGCCGCUCAAGUUUGUCGUCAGUCCGCGCUGGUUCCACAAGAUCCAUGUGGCCACUGUGCGCCUGGUCAAUUUGCCCUUGCUGCUGCUGAUUGCCGUCGCCGAGCGCCGCCUGCUCUGGCCGGCCAAGACGUUUGAGACAGGUACCGUCGGCUCGCUGGCCCAGAAGUGGUUCUGGCAACGGUGGCAGCUCUCGGCCUUUCAGUAUAUCCGCGCGGUGUUUGACGUGCCACCUCCGGACGACGUGUAUGAUGACAUUGCCGUGGACGACGACUUGACGCAUCACCUCAUCCGGAGGCAGUACGCGCGGCAAGAAACUCACGACACAACGAGAAAGGCCUCGCGCCGAGACUCCAUGUUUGAGAUCCCGCCUAAGCUGCGUGGUUCGCUCACGGAGACGGGCGAAGACUUGAGCGAUUUGGCGGGCCGACUGGUAGCCAUGGAACAAGCCAUGGCGCGGAUGGAGGACAUGCUUUCGCGGCUUCUCCCGUCACAGGCUGACGAGGCCGACGAGAGUGAUACGCUGCCCGAGGGCGAUGGAACUACUCUGGCGUCGAAUUUCAAGGGGCGAGAGACGAAUUUUUGA